UUUUCCUGUGGUGGAAACAGAAAUAGCAAACUUCUCUUUAAAGUGAACAGGGCGAGACCGCUCAAUGAAUUUGCUGGUAACGGUCAUUGCACAAUUAACAAUGACGUCUUGGGUGAAAAGGUAGAUAUAUUGUUGUAUCUCUUUAUUUUGAGAAAAAAAAUAUUCAUCUUUGAAGUUAUUUCCUGUCAAAAAAUAGAACUAUUUCCUGAGAGAAAAACACAAAACCACAUUUUGCAUGUGUGCAGAUGUAGAUGUCAGUGUGUGUGUGUGUGUGUGUGUGUGUGUGUGUGUGUGUGUGUGUUUAAGUAAAAGGGGAAGGCUGAGCAACAAGACAUAACAUUUAGAGAGUUACGGAGAGCUGCUCAGUCCGGGUAAGAAAAGGCGAGAUAACAGUAAACUUGCCAAAGCUCCGAAUCCCACAUGGACAUUUGAAACAGCAAGAAACCGAAAAAUCGAAGGAGAGCCUGGAAAGCUUCCUCGGCCUAGAGGAUUCGCAGUGAAGACCAAAAAGGCCUGCCUGCACUGCAAAUCAGAAGGUGCGCGAGAAAGAGAGCGUGGAGAGGACAACCGCAGAGGAGCCGCGAUGGAGACGCUGCCCGUGUACCACGGGCCCAUCGGCAAGGACGAGGGGGAGAGGCGGCUGGCCCAGGACGGGCGGGACGGGUCCUACCUGGUCCGGGACAGCGACUCGGUGCCCAACGUCUACUGCUUGUGUGUGCUGAAGGAGGGAUUCGUCUACACAUACAGGCUCCAGCAGGACAACGCAGGCUCGUGGGCUGCUGAUGCAACAACCGGUGUACAAAAACGAUAUUUCCGGCAAAUCAGGAAUUUGAUAACAGCCUUCCAGGAGCCGGGACAAGGGAUAGCGAUGCAUCUGCUCUUCCCCGUCACAGCGCAGGCCCGAGCCCCCGCCCAGGCCCACGCAGGCGGCCGCGCUCCCCUCCAGCAGCGGGCGCCACCUCCUGCUGCCAAAGGCCACAAAAACAAAAAGGGGGUGCGGCAGGCUGUUGAUGCAGGUUUCCCAUGCAUAUCUCGGUUUGAGCCAUAAUGACGGGUGAUAAUGACAGCCCAGAUUGGAAAAUAACAAACUCCAGGAAACAAGAACAAAGAGCGCAUACAAAAU